AUGGACGCUGGGCUCUUCGGCUUGGCUAGCACUUCGGAAUGGCCCGUGAUCAUCCAACCAAAAGGUUCUCUCGGGCCCGUUUCAGUUUCGAUCCUCUGGUGGGCUUUGAUAAUCGCGGUACUUCUAUUUUCAGUGCGGAUUUAUCAAAGCUCCAGGUAUAGCACAAAGGCUUCAGUCAUCAGCAAGGUUGCAGCCAAAGAUCUCACCAAGAUUGAACCGAUCGAAAACUUCGACCUAGGCUCCACCAUUCCUCCUGUCUUUCGACCGUUCAAGCCAAAGUAUCAUUUGACCAUGGACAAAAGCUGCGCAUCUUACGUGAAACUCCCAGGCAUUGAGACAUUGGACCGCAACGAUUGGUUGCUGUUCGACCAGACAUACUCGGAGCGUCUGCAUCUUCGAGAAUCACUUCUUCAACAAUAUUUCGAUGAUAUUGUCGGAAUUACGAAUGAAUCAGACGCAAAGAUUCGACUUGCGGUGCAAGAGCUAUACGAUUACCUCUUCCAGACUUAUCUUCCCGUCCGCUAUCCGACUGUAUUCAAGAAAUAUGAGGACAAAAACAACUCUCGCUGUAUGUUAGAGAACUUGUUAACGCGGCAAGCUCUGCCGAUGACCAUGUCAGAUUCAACACCUUUGCACAUCGCCUUGAAAACGAUCGCACAGAACGUUGAUGAAGACUUUUUCAUUCUCUUUCCUCGAAAGCAAGGCGACAACAGCGAAGAUAUUUACUUUCUCGAAGCUUACGCCGCAUGCUUCCCGUCCGGAUUCCAGCCCAAGGAGAAAAUCGGCAAAAAGUUAGCUGAUAUCCAUGGUCCGGUACCUGGGUAUAAGGAGAAGUUGCAGAAAAGUAUGGAUCGGUUCUUCGCUCGACUCGAGCCAGGUCGCUACGUGAAACGGGUCAAUUGGGGUCUUACUGUAGAUGAGGAGCUGUUCUCAAAUUUUGAUAAGAGUGCACCAGCAUUCGAAGGGAAGUUGAAGAAGUUAUCCGUGGAGGACCUGGAUCUGGAUAAGACAUUCUUGCGAUGCGAGCGCCAAACCCUUCACCGUCUCCCGAAGUCCGGAGCCAUUGUCUUUGCUUUUCACACUUAUCUCUACCCAAUUCAAGAAAUUAAAGCCGAAGGCAGUGGCGAAGAUCUUGCGCAGGCUAUAGAUGGGCUUGAGAAUGGAAGUGUACGUGAAAUGUUCACUUACAAAAAUGGGGAGAAAUGGGCAGAUGCCGUAAGAGAGUUUCUACGGAGCUAG